CGUUCAUAGCAACGAAGUUGUACGCUAGAUUUACUUCCGUACAUCAUUCUGCUUGCUAUGUAUUAUAUGUAGAUACGCGGAAAAUAUCAAAGUUCAGAUAAUGGAUCCACGUGUAAUGGCCAUUAUGGCUCAGCUAGAGCAGAAGGAGGAGGAAGAUAAGAGUCCCGUUCCAGCCCCAGACAAGGAAAAACCUCCAACAACAUUUGAAGAGUUUAUGAAAAUUGAAGGAUUGACGGAAUGGCCCCAACGCCUUACCUCUGAAGGGGCACUAGACCUUGAAGGGGAAAUCUUACUGCUUGGUUCACAAGAGGAAAUUGCAGAUCUCCUUAGGGAAUCAGCUCCUCUGGGACUUAACAAACUUGAGGAGUUAGAACUUCGUCUGGAUGAGUUAGAAGAGAAAUUACACUUUUACUCUGACCAGAUAGUGACAGAGGGAAAACAGGAGCAACAAGGCCAGGACAGGCUGUUUUUCUCCCCAUCAAAAACUUUUCUCACGGAGAUGUCAGAAUCUGAUGCAGUCAAAUCCCAUCACAGUGCUAGGGGUCAUAAAACUAUGGACUUUGCUGAAUCUAUGAUGGAAACAAAGAAGAAGAGUCUUGAAUACUGUCAGUUCCCUGGGUUCCGUCAUGGAGAAUUGAUAGAACUUCCUGGACAAAUGGAAUCUCCGCCCAUCCUUCAUCGGGUCACAAAAGCUCAAAAUUUUAAUCCCGGGUUCAAGAAAUUCUGGAAGAAACUGUUUUUGUCUGAGGCCUCAGUAGCUAUGAUGCAGGAUACUUUCUGGUGGUUCUUCUUAAGUAAAUAUGAUCCUAAUCAGCAGGAUGACCUUGACCUGCUAUUUGACAGAAUUGCAGACAGUUUUGUUGGCCUUUUUACCAGUAUCCACUCAGAUGUCAAAGACAAAUUUUUAGCUGUAUAUCCUGAUUGCCUGGCCCAGGCUGUGUUUAUGGCAUAUUGGGAAGCUUUCCCAGAAUCUCGAGGAAAAAUGGAUGAACAGUUCAAACAGGAUCUUGUCAACACAGUAGUCGAAUGGACUACAGGCCUCAGACCCAUGCCUAGGGUUUACAAAAGUUGGGAUAUCAAAAGAAUGGAGGCCAAACACAGAGGAGUGGAGAAUCAGGGCAAGGAUGCCAAAAAGAUGAUGGUCACUUCCUUCAGCAAUGACAUGAAGCUUUCUUUAGAUGUUGACUCCUUUAACAAGCUGAUAGACAAACUUUGGGGUGAAGAGAAUAAUGGUAACAAUGGUGUGUCCAAUGGCCCCACCCCUCUCCCUUCUCGUGAAGUCACUAAAAUGACAACUGCCAGCAACAUGACUGUACAGAGUACAGGAAUGAUAAAUCAACAGUUGGAGCCAAAGUUUUCUCGAACCAGUCCUUCCCGCAUGGCCACCUGUGGCACUCCACGGCGUAAACCUAAAGAGUCACACCAGAUAGGACCAGGCCCUAAUUAUGAGCGUGUGAUGUUCAACACCUCUGGAAGAAGUCCACUGAUUUCACACUUCCUUCAUAUGAGACAACUCAAGGAUUUCCAUCAACCUGGUCGAAAAGUUCGUCGCACAGAAAUAUCCGGACUCCCAAAACCAGGUCCUACAUAUAAACAGCUAAUCCAGAACUCCCUGGCUAUGUCGGACGCUCUGAAAAAGGAAUACCAAAAGAUUUGUGACCAAACACAUCAGGAGAUCAUGGAGCUGGAACGUAAACAAAGAGACACAAACCGGGAAAUAAAUCGUUUGAAGCGAGAACUUAUGCUGACUAAAGAUCCAUAUCACCUGAAGAUUCUCAGUGAACGCAUACUGGGUCUCCGGGAUGGAAAGGAAGUUUCCCGACAAGGACGGAGGGCGUCAAGUGAUAGGGAACGAGAACUGACAUUGCUAGAUGGCGAUGGGGAUGGCAGUUUUCAUGGAAAUGAAGAUGAAGGUUAAAAAAGAUCGCUGGUAGCUUCUAUACCAAUGUUGCAGAAAUGGUCAACAUACAGCUAAAACCUUCUGCUUGGGGACAAAAUGCUGCAAAUUUCUU